UACAUCAUAAAGUAUUUUUAACGACACGUAUCUCCAAAAUAUUAUAUAUAACAAUUUCCUAGAAUUUAAGCAAAAAUACGACCAAGAUAACAAUGCUUAGUGUACAAUGGUGUUAAAUUUUUCCUGAUACAAUGUGUGGUAUAUUUUGUUGUAUCUCACAGUGUUCGGAUGCAAAUGUUAAUCAUUCGGAUCAGUGGGAUAGAUGUAAAAAUCUUCUAAUUUCUAGAGGUCCGGAUAAAUUAGUGAAAAAUUUUAUAUCAUUAACCGAUAUAUGGUGCUGUCAUUUGGCGGCUAGUAUAUUGUGGACACAAGGUUUGAAAUUAGCGGAACAACCGCUAAUAGAUCCAAAUGGUAAUAUUCUUCUGUGGAACGGAGAUGUUUUCUCUGGAUCUUUGGCACAAAAUGAUACAUCCGACAGUAUUACUGUUUUAAAUGCAUUUAGCAAAUCUCUUAAUAUUACGAACACACUUCGGCAUAUCCAAGGACCAUAUAGUUUUAUAUAUUUUCAAAAAUCAAGCAAAUUGUUAUACUUUGGACGAGAUAUUAUUGGAAGACAUAGCUUGCUUUUACAGUUAAAUAAUGAAAAAAGUACGUUAACUAUAACGUCUGUCGGUGGCAAAUGUUUUCAAAAUAUAUUGGAAGUUCCUGCAAUUGGUAUAUUUGUAAUAAAUUUAUCCGAUGUAAAGAUAAAUCUUACUUGUUAUCCAUGGAAAGAACCAGAUGUUAUAUUUGAAAAUGUCAUUGAAGAAUUGAAAAAUGCUUUAGAUAUAAACAUUAAUGUCAAAGAUACAAUAACGGAAAAGAAAUUGUCUAACAAGUUAAUAACACAUUUAAAUCCGAUUGGCAAAGAUUUAGAUUAUUUAGAAACUUAUCCUUGUUUGAAAGACUUUAAUAAUACGAUAGAGCAUUUAUUGAAAAAUGAAAUUGUUUCUGGUAGAGUAGAAUUCUUAUCUAAACUUUUACAUGAAGCUGUCGAAGUGCGAGUAAAAACAAAACCAAAUUUCUGUAAGAAUUGUAUUUCAAUAGUAUUGAGAGGAGAAAGUAUUAUCUGCAAUCAUGGAAAAGUAGGUAUAUUGUUCUCUGGUGGACUCGAUUCAGCUAUAUUGACAUUGAUUGCCCAUAAGUAUGUACCACAAAAUGAACCUAUUGAUUUGAUAAAUGUUGCAUUUGAAAAAACAACAAUCGCAUCUCAACAAGAUAAGCAUAUUAAAAAUACUCAUUUGUAUGUCUCCCAAGUAUACGAUGUUCCCGAUAGAAAAACAGGGAGACAAACUCUUUCGGAAAUAUUACAAAUUUGUCCGAAUAGAAAGUGGAAUUUUGUUGAAGUAAAUGUAACACAAGCAGAACUAACAAAAUAUCGAUCUUCUCGUAUCAGCGAUUUACUUUAUCCUCUCUGUACUAUCUUAGAUGAAAGCUUAGGUUGCGCUAUGUGGUUUGCGAGCCGAGCAAAAGGCAUAGUUUCAAAUACGGAUAUAGGAGUAUACGAGUCUCCGUGUCGUAUACUCCUUCUAGGUAUAGGUGCAGAUGAAUUAUUCGGCGGAUACAUGAGACACAGAACGAUAUUGAAACAUAAGGGUUGGAAUGCUUUAAAACAAGAGUUGAAUGAUGAAUUGGCCAAAAUUUCUCAAAGAAAUUUAGGAAGAGAUGAUAGAAUUAUUUCCGAUAAUGGUAGGCAAUCCAGAUUACCAUAUCUUGAUGAAAAUGUAAUACAAUACGUUCAACAAUUGCAACCAUGGGAAAGAUGUUUUCCAACAGAAAAAAUGCCACCCGGUUUAGGAGAUAAACUGUUGUUACGGUUAUUGGGGCGUAAGCUAGGCCUUCAAAAUACUGCUACUUUUCCCAAAAGAGCUUUUCAAUUUGGAUCUCGGAUAGCUAAUGGUAAAGAAAAUGCUAAGGAUAUUUCCCAACGAUUAUAAAAUAAGUACAAGACGAUUAAGUUAACGCGAAUAUAUUAUUAAAAAUAAAAAAACAAUAAUUCUUGAUAAAACUAUUAAUCUUAUGAAU